UUUUUUUUUUGUAAUUCGAUUGUACAUGUCUAAAACAAAUACAACACCUUCAUUUACAGGAUCCCCGCAUACAGAUCAAGCAUUAGCAGGUUUUGGUGCAGGCAUGGUAACAACUGCUUUGUUACAUCCUCUUGACCUUAUUAAAAUUCGAUUUCAAGGUAUUUUAUGAUUGACUCUGCUCGUCAUUCAAACAAACGACCCUUUAUUGGAGGAACAAUUCGAUCUUUUAAGUCUAUUUUAUUGGGAGAAGGUGUGUGGAAGGGUUUAUAUAGAGGUGUCACACCUAACAUGGCGGGUGCCACAUUUAGCUGGGGGUUUUAUUUUGGAUGGUAUAGUUUAAUUAAAAAGUAUAUGGAAAAGGAUCAAAGUGGAAAAUUAUCUGCUAUACAACAUUUGACAGCUUCUGCUGAAGCAGGCGCGUUAACGGCUUUUAUGGCCAAUCCUUUAUGGGUGGUAAAGACUAGAAUGUGUACAACUACGCAACAUACACCAGAUGCAUAUACAGGCCUAUUAAAUGGAUUAAAACGACUUUAUGUAGAGGAAGGGAUAAGAGGACUUUAUAGAGGAAUGGUGCCCGCGUUAUUUGGAGUAUCUCAUGGAGCGAUUCAGUUCAUGGUAUAUGAAGAGAUGAAAAAGAAACGAAAUGAAGUUCGACAUAAAAAGGGUUUAAAUUCAAUGAAUGAAUUAAAUGCUCAAUUAAGUCAAACUGAAUACUUGACUAUGGCUGCUAUAUCGAAAGUAACGGCUACAGUAAUCACAUAUCCAUAUCAAGUGUUAAAAAGUCGAUUACAGAAUCGUGCUACAAGGGAUACAUAUAAAGGUGUAAUUGACUGUAGUAAAAAAAUGAUACAAACAGAAGGUUACAUGGGGUUUUAUAAAGGUUUAGCUCCAAAUAUAAUUCGUGUUUUACCCGGUACUUGCGUGACAUUCUUAGUUUACGAAAAUUUAACUCAAUACUUCAAGCAACAUGCAAGCUAAAAUCUAUAAAGGCUUUAUAUAUUAAUAAUUUUAUUUCAAG